GAUAGGAAGCGUUCGUUCCAAUCGAAAAUGUUCGGCAACGUCCGUCUUGCACUAUGCGUGGUUCUAGUUUUGUGGAGUUCAACGGCCUAUUCUGCCGCAGGAAGCUACGACGAUGUAAUUACGAAAUUGGACAACCUCCUGUACCGGGUGGUGAUGAGCGAGGUCAACAUCAAGGAACGCCUCGAAGAAACAGAAGACCAGCUCAAAAAGACCCUCGAACAGCUGGAUACCUUGAUGGAACAUCAAAACGGUUUGGUGCAGAACGACGAUCAGCUUUUGGCUAAAAUCGACGAGUUACGUGACGAGGUUGUGCAGAACCAAGAAAACAUUCGCGGGGAGUUCUCAUCGGCGUUGGCCGGUAUGGGGCAAGAAGUAAGUAACAUUCAUCAACGAUUAGAAGAUUUAGUGGAAAAACAAGGAGAGCUAGCAGCAGAUCACAAAGCAUUAGCAUCUAUGUUGAUUGAAGUUGAGCAGAACGUUAACCAGAAAUUCGCGAUGGGCAUGGCCGAUAUCAGUGAACGUUUCAAUAAAACAGGAGAAAAGUUUGAAGAAGUUUUGCAAAAUCAGGAAAAUAAUCACGUGGAGUUAUCUUCAAAAAUGGUAAGCGUGAAACAUGAGCUGAAUUUGAUGGCGUCUAACGUAAUCGAAGGCUUCGAUAAUGCUGAUAAGCGAUUCGUUCAGCUUAUGCAAAACCAAGCGGAUCUUGCUGCGGGUCAUGAAGUAUUAACAUCCGCCUUGGAAAAAAUGGAACAAAAUGUAAGGGAGCAGUUUACCGUGACCCUAACAACAAUUACUGAUAAUUUCGAUAAAACAAAUGACCAAAUCGAUGAUCUCGCUAAGAGUCAAGAAAGCACUCGUGUGGAGUUGUCUACAAAACUGACAAGCCUAAAGCAGGACUUAAACCACAAUUUCAACUUGCUCAUGUCCAACGUAGUUGAAGGAUUUGAAAUUGCAGACAAACGAAUCGAUCGUCUUAUGCAACACCAUGCUGACCUUACUACGGGUCAUGAAGUGCUUGCUUCCACUAUAACAGGAUUAGAACUACAUGUCAAUGAACAGUUCACCCUGACGCUGACGAACGUAACCGAUCAUUUCGAUAGAACAAAUGACCAAAUCGAGAAUCUUGCGAAGAAUCAAGACAACAGCCGCGUUGAGUUAUCAUCAAAGUUGACCACAUUGAAACAAGACAUGAACAGUAACUUCAACUCAGUUAUAUCCAACGUGAACGAUGGCUUUUCGAAGACGGCCGUGAAGGUUGAUCACGUCUCACAAAAACAGGAUGACCUUGCAGCAAGUCAACAAACGUUAACUAUCGCAUUGAACAAAAUGAACAACGAUGUAAGUGAUAAGCUUGUCACAAUUGCGACGAACAUCAACAAACGUUCCGACAAACUUGAAGAUCAGCACCGAACAACAAAAGAUCAACUGGAUCGCCUCCUGCAAAAUAUGGACAACCAUCGCGUAGAAUUCUCAACGGUCCUAACCAGAAUAGAACAAAGUACUAAUCAGAACUUCGUUACGGUAACGAACUACGCAGUGCAAAUUUUGCAGCAGGCCGGAAGUUGUUCAACACCGCAGCAGCCUGCGGUAGUGACUUCGUGCAAGAAUACACCGACUAAAAUAUCCGGUCAGUAUCAGCUGAAACCCUUCGGUACCGACGAGGUCCUGGUGGGAUACUGCGAGCAGGAGAAGUUCAAUGGUGGCUGGCUGGUGAUACAACAUCGAUUCGAUGGUUCAGUAGACUUCCAUCGCAACUGGAACGACUACAAACACGGCUUUGGAUCCAUCGGAGGAGAGUUCUGGCUUGGAUUGGACAAAAUUCAUCGACUUACCAGCAACAAGAACGUUGAACUGGUUGUCGAACUGAAGGACUUCAACAACAACUAUAUCUACGCACGAUAUGAUGCUUUUGAAAUUGGCAGUGAGCCUCAGAAAUAUUCACUGGACAAGCUGGGAACGUACAGCGGAACUGCUGGGGAUUCUAUGAUUUACAACAGAGGCAAAAAAUUCACCACCAAGGAUAACGAUAACGACGGCGCCGUGAAUCUGAACUGCGCCGUUAGCAGAGCGGGAGCAUGGUGGUUUAAUUGGUGUGGCAAUGCUGAUCUCAAUGGAAUGUACGGCGUAAGAGGUGAUUGGCGAUCCGUUUAUUGGUAUGGCUACAACCAAUAUGAUGGAAUGAAAUACACCAGAAUGAUGAUCCGAGAAAAGUAAAAUGACAAGGGCCCAUUAGACAACAAUGCAAUGUACCUACAGAAUGUAACCGUUGCUAUCAUAUUUAUUUGUUCCGAUUUUACUACGAAAUAAACCUAAAACAGUACAAAAGCAUCAAUGCUCUCAUAUAGCUAUAAUUUUCCGGCACUAA